AAUGUCGGCAUUUGUUUAUAACGGAGGUUAAAGUUUACAACAUAAUCUUUUUUUUUCUUCCUGCCCGCAGUUCGCUCUUUUUUCAUGACAGAACACUCAACGUUUUUUUUCCUUUCUUGUCACUCAACCGUUCUCUUAUCACACGUGUCCGACGUUUUUGAGUUAUUUUCUAGUCUUUUCAAUCCUGCCUUUGACGCGAUUGUGUAUUUCCUCCGUUGAGUCUCGAUACGAAACGAUAAGACAUUUAACAUUUUGUUACUGUUGCUGUCAGAUGUCUAUAUUUGAAAGAAAGCUGAUAAACAAAGUGUACCUGGACGACACUGUCAGCAUAUCAGCCACCAUCAUAAAUGCAGAGUCCGUCCAAGGGCAUACCGAGUACGUGAUUAGGGUCCAAAGGGGUUUGCUUCCUGAGAACAGCUGGCAUAUUCAAAGGAGGUACAAUGAUUUCUUAUCUCUACACCAGGAAUUCCAAGCGGAUGGCAUUUCCCUUCCUUUUCCACCAAAAAAAAUUAUCGGAAAUAUGGAUAGGGAAUUCAUUGCUGAAAGACAAGUAGCAUUACAAAAAUAUUUAGAUGUGAUACUGCAAGAUCCUUUGUUUUCGAGUCAGCUUGGAGUAAAAAAAUUUCUGGAUCCACACAACUACAAAUUUUACCACGCCCUCGGUCAAACCCAGAUGUGCAUCAAGUUGCGGGGGGAGUUGGAUGUUAAAAUAGUGAAACAGUUACCACAUUUGGGCUGGAGGUUAAGAAAGGAGCACUACCUUGUAACUUUGGAACCAAAUAAUAAAGAAGAGUACAUAUUAACAUGGACCCCGUUUGGACCGGACAAGUUCUUAGACGAAAAGCAAAUAUUAUCCGUUCUCAAAUCAUUUGCAAGCUUACAGCAUAUAAAUAUAAUACCAAUAACAAAGGUUGGGAUAUGUAAAGAUGGAGGCUGGGUGAUAAAACAGGCUAAAAAGUGUGGCUCGGUCUUGGAUAUGAUGUAUGGUGUGAAAUCUCCGUAUUUUACAUCUGCUCUUAGAAAAUAUAGGAGUGUAGAACUGAAGAAUUUGUUACCAGUUCCUAAGGUGAUUGAAAUCGCUUCUCAAAUUCUUCAAAUCCUCACUUUCUUACAUCAUAACGGAGUUUAUCAUGGACAUUUACAUUUAGGAAAUGUAACCCUUGAUGGAGAUGUUGUAAAGUUAUUAGACUUAGAAAAUUCACUCUUUGCUCUUCCUUCUUACUACAGGGAAAGUUUUGUGAAAGUAAAACAAAUACAAUCAAUGCAGGCAAUUGAUGUUUACAGUUUUGGCCUUAUUAUUUAUGAAAUGUUGUUUGGCAAACCUUUUACCGAUGUACAUUUGAAAGAAAUCACUGAGUGCCCUCCAGUUUUCAAGUCUGUCCUUGAGUCGAUUUUGUGCCCUCGGAGCAAAGCAGCACUACCAACUGUAACAGAUCUUUUGAAUAGUCAAAUUUUUCACCAAGGACCACCAGCUCCACAACCACUCUUAAAGCUCACUUCUUCCUCAAAACAACACCUUCUCUCAAAUGGUACUAAAUUGUUGGAGCGUCUGAAUGAAGACCAAGUUAAGUAUCGUCAAAAUAUUCGUACGAAGAAGAUGUAUGGAAUGCUUAACUAUGAUGGUAAAUUAGUGGUUUGCUUUAAGGAUAAGGCCCAAAUAAAGGAAGACAAUGAAAUUAAUGGUAGCAUAGAUAUUUCAAACAAGGCUGAAAGUAUUUCAAGCAAAGAUUCUUCUAAAAAUUCAGGUUGCAGUGAAGAGAAGUUAACAUCGCCUCCUUUAAUUGAAGACGAAGGCCGAAGUGCUCUUCUUGGAGCGAUUUGCAAUUUUAACAAGAAUAAGUUAAAAAGGGUAGACAAACAUAGUAGGUAGAUUUCACCCUCAGUGUCAAAAGUCACUGGAACAUAAGUGAUUGGAUGAAAUUACAUAGAAUUAAAAAUAAUGUUUAAAAAGAGAAAGAGAACCACUAACUGCCUAGAGUAUUUUUGAUAGGUUUCAUUGAACCAAACGUAAAACCAAAUGUGUAAGAAUAACAAAGUAGUCAAUGAGAAAUGAAAUAAGAAAAAAAAUGGUUAAAAUGCCAAGUAUUUAGCUAGUCAUAAAUUUUGGAUGGUCUUAAACAUCUAAUGCUAAAUAUUUUUUAUAAACAUUAUUGCUUUAUUUAUUUAGAAAUAAUAAUUUACAUAAUAGAAAUUAUAUAUAUAAGGGGAUUCAAGAUUUGUGUUGUAUGUUAGAGCUUGUUAAGUCGAGUCGAAAAUGGUUGGUACUCGGUAAGCCUAAUGCCCCUGUUCUUAUUUCUAUGCUAACAUAUUAGUUUUUCUCUGUAGUGUGUCACACAUGAUGCAUGGCAACUAAAAACUUUUGUCAAAGGUUUAAUAGUUUUUGAAGAUUUGUUACUGCUCAUAAAGCUUUUGUUUUCAUUUGUGAAGGAAGAGUAUUUUUACAAAGUACCAAAAGUCACUCAAAAGAUAAGACUAAUCAAUACUUUGAUUCAAAAUGCAAUCUUAGAUAUGUGUGAAAAAUUGCAUGAUGAAAUAGGAGAAGAGCUCAUUGAAUGUUAGAAGUUAGACAUAUUAUACAGCACAUAAAUUGCGCCCUAUGUAAUCAAAGACAAAUAUCUGACUGACCAGAUAAGGAGGAGAUAGAAUAAUUGGUUUGUGAAUCCAGUAAAACAUCUCAAUUCAUGUCAACCAUAUUUGUUACCUAAGUGCUAACGGCUAAAACUCUAACUACAGUGCUAUUCAGUUUGAUUUAAAAACUAACAUAGAUCGGGCAAUGUUAAGUAGCUGAUUCUAACAGACCUACAUUCAUCUUUUUUCUUGAACUGACAUAACCUAAGAGUUAACAGGGUUCACACAAGGAUCAUGAAUACCCCUGUGAUUUUAAGAACCAAUAUUACACAAAGAAAUGGCUUCGACAUUAACUAAUCGGAGCUAAAUAGUCAAGGAUUCAAAUUCAGAAGUAUCAAACUGUCAUUAAGAUUUUUUGUAGAAAUUAUGAAAAUCCACAUAAUAAUAAUGAUAGUUGAUUCUUAAUGAUUUAGUUUAAUAUAAAAUUGUUAAAAAAUACAGGAUGGCAAUGAAGCCUGCGUUAGUGACCCUAACUCCACCUAACCUAAUCUGACCCUAACUCUAACCCCACCUAACUUAAACUGUCUGUAAUCUUACUUAAUAUUAUUUAACCUAUCCCUAACUCCACCUAACCUAAUUUGUCCCUAACCCUAACCCCACCUAUCCUAUGUAACUUAACCUGUCCCUAAACUCACAUAACCUAACCUGUAUGUAACAUUACAUAAUGUAAUUUGACCUGUCCCUAACUUAAUAUGACUAACUCUAACCUCACCUAUCCUAACCUGUCUAUAAUCUUACAUAAUGUCAGCUUAUAGGAGCUAAAUAGUCGAGGAUUCAAAUUCAGAAGUAUCAAACCAUCAUUAAGAUUUUUUGUAGAAAUGAUUAAAAUCCACGUAAUAAUAAUUAUAGUAACCUGUUCCUAACCCCACAUAAUCUAAUCUGCUCGUAACUCUAAUCCCACUUAACCUGUCCCUAAUCUUACAUAAUGUAACUUAACCUGUCCCUAACCCCCCACAUAAUUUAACCUAUACUCAACUCUAACCCCAUAUAACCUAACAACCCAAAUCCAACCCAAUCCAUGUUUUCUACAUUUUACGGUACAUCAUACGGUAUUGUUUGUUAGUGUAUCAGACCGACUAAAGCUACGUACGUUUUAAACUAAAAAGUAAUCCAUCAUUAAUAAUGAGUUGGACAUUACCUCUACUUCCAGUAUUUACAUGCAUUUACCUACAACUUUAUGCCCCUUAAUGAAGGAAUAAAACAAAAUUGAUAAGAGGACCGUUUGCGAAAACGACGGGUUUAACCUCGACAAAGGUUUACUUCUUUUACAAAAUGUCUGUUAGUUAUUUGAAUUGAGUUAAAUUUAAAAAUUACGGAAUUUUUUUUUAAUGCAGCAUAGUUAUGAAUCCCUAUAUUCGCCCUUCAUUGCUUAUAUUAUAUAUAUUAUGCAGGGUGGGCGACCAAGACCCGAGGGUUUAAAUGCCUUGGGAGACUCGUACCCGAUCACAAAAAAGUCCGAGAUUUGGUCGGCUCACAUGUAUAGCAUAAACCUCUUGGAA